AGAAAAACUUCUUUGUGUGCGGUUACGUGUGAGAGUAGGGGAAAAAGUAACCAAUGGUAAAAAAAGAAGGCGUGGCGUACAGCUUUCUACCGAUUCUCUUAACCGUACGCUCCGCCCCGAAAUAUCACAAAUACCUUUUGACAAGUUCCUGCAACAUCAGUCUCUUAUUUUCGUUAGUAGAGUGAACAAGCAAAGUGUUUUUAAGUGAUGAGCAACAGUAUGUACGGGUUUCCAACUACACAAAUGUCUGAAGAUUAUCAGCAACAAAAUCAACAAGCUGCCAAUGGUGAUGCGCAUAUUAAACGGCCUAUGAAUGCUUUUAUGGUAUGGUCGCGAAUCCAAAGAAGAAAAAUAGCAUUAGAUAAUCCAAAAAUGCAUAAUUCAGAGAUAUCGAAAAGGUUAGGAGCAGAAUGGAAAUUAUUAUCAGAAGGUGAGAAAAGGCCAUUUAUCGAUGAAGCUAAGCGUUUAAGAGCGCUGCAUAUGAAAGAGCAUCCCGAUUAUAAAUACAGACCAAGAAGGAAACCAAAAGGACCUUUGGUUAGUGGAAUUAAGCCGCAUAUGGGAGGAUAUGCGAUGCAUCAACUGCCUUAUCCGUUCCCGUCGAUGGAAUCUCUAAACUCGCCGUAUCCGUAUUUUAAUCCGGCUUUUGAAUAUUCAAGAAUGCCUUCUAUGAAAACGGAAGAACAACAUCAUCAACACCAUUUAACACAUCAACCAGCUGUGGUAACUUCUCUACAUUCUUCCUUACACAAUUCAUUGUAUUCUUCGUUAUACCAGCAACCGAAGGGUUUCGCACAAGCACCACCGUUGAGUAUGUUUUCUUCGAUGCCAACUCCUAUGAUGUAUUCAGCGUCAUCGAGUCCGGCUUCAAGUCCGGCUAGUUCAGAUCUGGAAAUACGAAGGCCGCUUCCCGUAUCCGUGAUGUAUUAGUGACCAAAUUAAAGACGUUUUGUUGAAUUUUGUUGACGUUAUGGACAUUGAUUUUAACUUUGUUUAGUUGUUUUUUUGUUUACUGUGAUUACGUAUUGCGACUGAUUUUUGUACAUAUUUUGUAGGUAUUCAAUUGUAUGAGAGUAUGCCGAUUUUGAUAGAGGUUCUAAUUUAUUCAUUUUAAAUGUAUAUAUGAAAAAUAA